GGACAGUUCGCUCCAGGCUAUCUAUAAGGAGAGCAAAAUGAAAUUUCUCCUCAUUCAUCUUCAGAACCGCAUCAAGAUAGGUGCCCUUCCGUCGAAGAGGAUUAAGUCUUCACCUAAGGUGGAGAUCUAUCGAGAGAAGAUGUCGAAUAUUCGCGACGAAGACGUUUUGCAGAAGUACGGCUACCGCCUGGGGGUGACCCUGGGUGACGGGUCGUACGGUUGCGUCAAGCGGGCCUUCUCCGUGAGGCUCGAGAAAGACGUGGCCGUCAAAAUCAUCAACAAGAGAGUGGCUGGAAAGGACUUUCUGCAAAGAUUCCUUCCCAGAGAGCUGGCAAUCGUACAGCGGCUAAACCACCCAAACAUCGUGAAAGUCUAUCAAAUCAUCGACACACCAGACAAGGUGUACACUGUUAUGGAAGAAGCGCCCCACGGCGACUUGUUGGAGUACGUGCAGACUCGUGGCGCCAUGUCCGAGCGCAGAGCACGGGAGACCUUCCGUGAGUUGGCCGAGGCCGUGUCCUACUGUCACGCGCAGGACAUCUGCCAUCGAGACCUCAAGUGCGAGAACAUCCUGCUAGACGCACACGGACACGUCAAGCUGACAGACUUCGGGUUUGCCCGGGACACGCCGUCAGACGACAGAGGGAGACCGACUCUCAGUCAGACGUACUGCGGGUCUGCGGCCUACGCCUCCCCGGAGGUACUGCGCGGGAAACCCUACCAGCCCAGCUCCUACGACAUCUGGAGCCUGGGAGUGGUGCUGUACAUCAUGGUGUGCGGCACUAUGCCUUUUGACGAUUCCAACGUCAGGAAGAUGCUCAGGAAACAGAUGGACAGAAAAUUGAACUACUCGUCCACAAGAGUCAUCUCACAAGAAUGCAAAUUCCUGAUCGCACAAAUGCUGACACCAGACGCCUCGCAACGCGUCACGAUAGACCAAGUCCUCAACAGCCGGUGGCUCAGAACAGCGCCAUCUAGUAUACCACCAACCUGCGGCGCCGCCUGGCGGUUGGAAUCGUCAUCACAACCUUCCACAGAGUCGCCAAUGGUGUCCAGAUGAAACUUGUCAACUAGCCGAUAGUCAAUAUUAGUAUUGGAUUUUUUUUCAAUUUGAUCUUUCUAUUGUGACAGAAUAUGUCA